GCGGGGUGGUGCGGCCCGUUCCGAGGAGGGCGCUGCGCCUCCCCGCUCAGUGACACACAGACCCGGCGCGGGGAGGCGGUGGCGGCUGGUCGGGGGAGCGGGGCGGGCUGGGAUCGUAGCGGCGGCGGUGGCGGCUGGGAGCCGAGUCCGGAGCAUGGCGGGGACCGCGGCGGCCGCUCCUCCCACCCGCGGGGAACUUUCCGCUGCCGCCGCGGAUGCUGCCUCCUCCCCUCCGCGGCGGCCCCCGGCGCUGCCCGGCCCGGGGCUGCUGGGGCUGGGGCUGCUGCUCUGCUGCGGUGCCUUUGCUGGACCAGUUGUUGAUCCACAUGUAACAGCAGUUUGGGGGAAGAAUGUCACGCUGAAAUGCAUAAUUGAAAUAAAUGAAACAAUAACACAAAUCUCAUGGGAGAAGAUACAUGGUAAAAGUACACAGACCAUUGCUGUUCAUCAUCCUGAAUAUGGGUUUUCUGUUCAAGGAGAAUACCAAGGAAGAGUGUCAUUUAAGAACUACUCACUUACUGAUGCAACUAUCAUCCUAAACAAUAUAAGCUUCUCUGAUUCAGGAGAAUAUGUAUGCAAAGCAGUUACAUUCCCACUAGGAAAUGCUCAGUCAUCAACAACUGUAACUGUAUUGGUUGAACCCAUUGUGAGCCUAACAAAGGGACCAAACUCUUUAAUAGAUGGUGAAAAUCAGACAAUAGCAGCCAUUUGUACAGCAGCCACUGGAAAACCUGCUGCAGAUGUUGAUUGGGAAGGAGAUCUUGGAGAAAUGGAAUCCAGUUCUACUUUAUUUCCAAAUGAAACCGUGACAGUUGUCAGUCAGUACAAACUCAUACCCACCAAAUUUGCUAGAGGAAGACGCAUAACUUGUGUUGUGAGGCAUCCAGCUUUGGAGAAGGAGAUGAGAUAUCCUUACACAUUGGACAUACUAUAUGCCCCUGAAGUUUCAGUAACUGGGUAUGAUGGAAACUGGUUCAUUGGAAGAGAACAUGUUCAGCUCCGGUGUAAUGCUGAUGCAAAUCCACUGCCCAUGGAAUUUACAUGGACCAGGUUGGAUGGGCAAUGGCCUGAAGGUUUAAUGUCUUCAAAUAAUACUCUGCAUUUCAACAAUCCAUUGACUUACAAUUAUACUGGGACUUAUGUCUGUAAGGUGACCAAUUCCCUUGGACAAAGAAGUGAUCAAAAGACGAUCUACAUAUUAGAUGUGCCAUUUAAACAGACAUCUUCUGUAGCUGUAGCGGGGGCUGUAAUUGGAGCAGUUCUUGCUCUGUUUAUCAUUACCAUCUUUGUGACAGUGCUAUUGACUCCAAAGAAAAAAAGGCCAUCCUACCUUGACAAAGUGAUUGAUCUUCCACCCACACACAAACCACCACCUUCAUAUGAGGAAAGGGCACUCUCUGUAUCUCAGAAAGAUGUCAUUCUUCAGAGAGAACGCUUCCCUUUGCAAAGCCAAUACAGGGAGAGAGAAGCUGGAAAUUUGCAGAACAUAAAAGCAGUAAAUGGCAGGCAACUUAAUUACGAAGAUGAAAAUCCAUUGGGCCAAGAAAACCUUCAGCAGAUGUACCCAGUUCACAAGCAGAUAAGUUACAAAGAUUGGAGCAGCAAAUACCAUCAAAACCCAGGAACUGGAAGAAUCUACAUUAAUCCUAGAGAACACUACGUGUGAUCACUUCCCCUGCUGUGAAUUUUUAUACAGAAUAAAUUGGUGUUAGAUAACUUAAAAUUUUGAAAAGUCUGCAAGCUUAGCGCUUGUUGAUUAUAAGACAAGUACGUAUCCUGUUGUCUUUUAACAGUGUCUAAAGAAGUAGGUACAGAGCCAAGUAAUACUCUUUUUUUGUAUGUGGUGAGAGCUGGUGAGAAAUAGGUAGGCAGAAAAGAUGCACAUUUCUGGAACAACUGUUGCAUUUAUGACUUUGAUUGCGGAUUUACUUUUUCAGUAGCACAGUGCUUAUCUGUAUUGUACUGUUAAAAUUCCAGUGUGUGUGGAUAGCUGAAGGGAUCCUUCAGAAGAAGACUCAUCUGCCUGUCUUUAUCUCACCAGAUUUAAGAAAUGCCAGCCCAUUCAUCUGUAACUCAAAUGUGCGUAAAAUGAAUUUAGAAUCUACUUCCCUAAUUCUUUCUUAAGGAUUUCUCUCUCCCUCUUCCCUCUCGCCCACCCCUGAAGUUGAUAUGCUUAAUAAAAUUACAAUUUUGUGUACAAAAAAAAUGAGGUACGAACUGGAGGGAAAAUGUACAUCCUUUGUGUAAAAUGAGAAAUUUGUGUCUUUGGGGUUUUGUUUAAUCUUUUAAGACACUUUAGAAGCAUCUCCACUGGUAAAUUAAUUUGACUGAGAUACCGACGGUACUUGACCACAGCUUCUAAUUCCCUCCCCCAUUACAUCUAUUCCCCAUUCUAAUAAACAGUCAGGUGCUGGUCUGUUACUGUGCUUUCUGGACCAAUACUGCCUGCCUACUCACAUUAUAACUGUUGGUUCAAUUCUUUUCUGCCACGAGUCUCAGGUCCCAUGUUUGUUUGUUCUUUCUUCAUUUAGCUGCCAGUUCACACCUCCCCAGACUCAAUCUUCCAAACCUAGCUGCUAGAAUCAGAUCAUACCUGUUUCUUAUCUGGUUUAAGUCAUUCCCACAAGCUCAACAUGUGCACCCCCAUCUUGCCUACUCAGAUACCUCCAGCCACCAAGACAUAAUUCUCAGUGGUCUAGCAAUAAAGUAAACAGGAGCUGUGGGUGCUAGGUACAGAAGAAAAACAAUCUACCUGUUUGCUAGGGCAAUGUCUACUCCAUAGUUGGCUGACAAAAUAAAUUCCUUCUUGUGACAAUACAUAGAGCUUUUCCAAUGGUAGCAAUGGGGGUGGAGGGAAGAGCUUCACUUAGCUGCGAGCAAGUUUAAUGGUGUCUUCUAACCCUGAUCAGAGCAAGUGGAAGCAAUAGUGUUGUGAAAUAGCUAGUGAAUGUGAAUGGCUUGCCGAAGCUAGUACACUGGACCCUUGCUAGAACGUGCAUCUAUAUAGUGCGAAUUCAUAUAUAACACGGUUGCAGCCAUGGAUCCCAAAUUUAAUUACUUUAAUUGAGAUUCAUUUUAACGCAGUCCCCAUGUUAAUGCAAUACUGUGCAUGGAUCCCAAAUCCCGCGUUCUAGCGAGGAUCCGGUGUAAUAACACAGUGUUCUUGAUGAGUACAAGUAAUUUUCCUGUCAGUUAAAGAACCUGCACAGACAGGCCUGUGUGGUCAAUUUGAAAAAAAAAAUUAUUAGUCUAAUUUAACAGGGCAAAAAAUGGGACACUGAGUACAGAUGAUUUUAAAGACUUUAACUUGGAUACUAGGGUAUAAAGGAGAAUGAGUAUUCUAGAAUACAGAGGAAGUGUCUCAAUAGACACUAGACAGUUUAUUCUGUAGCUGACUUUACUAGGACAUUUGAAAAGAGUAAAUGAAAAUCCCACUGAGCAUUUAUCCACUCAAGCUAAUUUUCAUUCGAAGUGUGCAUGCUCGUCUCAGACAAGGGUUUUAUUGCUGAUUUUGUAGACAGUCAAAGAUACUGAAGUAUUUUGUAGCUGCUGUAUUAGCAAAUCAUAAGUAUGACACAGAAUCGUAGGCAUGUAUUGUCUGUCCCUAAAAUUGUGACUAGUGAAUCAUCUAAAACAUGA